UCCAGCUUCCGGUGGUAUGCUCGUCGAAAAGAUGGCCGGUGAAAAGCAGAGUGAGGCUAAACUUACCGGAAUGGAUGAAAAUAAAGAGAAUACAACCGACGAGACACUUGGACUAGAAAUUCUGCAGAUCAUUAAGGACUCCCAGCAGCAGCAUGGCUUGAGGCAUGGGGAUUACCAGAGAUACAGAGGGUACUGUUCUCGCCGCCUGCGGCGUCUCCGCAAGACGCUGGGCUUCAAAAUGGGCAACAGGCACAAGUUCACUGGAAAGAAAGUGACUGAGGAUAUGCUCACUGACAACAGGUACCUGCUGCUGGUCCUGAUGGAGGCAGAACGGGCCUGGAGUUACUCCAUGCAGCUGAAGAUGGAGGCCAACACGGAGCCCCGGAAGCGCUUCCACCUGAUGGCUCGCCUGCGGAAGGCGGCCAAGCACGCGGAGCAGCUGGAGAGGCUGUGUGAGAGCCGCCGCGUGGACGCCAAGACCAAGCUGGAAGCCCAGGCCUACACCGCUUACCUGGUUGGGAUGGUGCAGUUCGAGCUGCAGGAGUGGAAACCUGCAAUGGAGGCCUUCAAUAAGUGCAAAACGAUCUACGAGAAGCUGGCCAGUGCCUUCACUGAGGAGCAGUCGGUGCUGUACCACCAGCGCGUGGAGGAGAUAUCUCCUAACAUCCGCUACUGUGCCUACAACAUCGGUGACCAUAAUGCCAUCAACGACCUGAAGCUGAUGAGGCUGAGCGCCGGGGGAGGCGGCGGCAUGAUAGCAGAGAAGCUGGAGGCGCUGAUCACGCAGACCAGGGCGAGGCAGGCCGCCACCAUGAGCGAGGUGGAGUGGCGCGGCCGCACCGUGCCCGUGAAGAUCGACAAGGCCCGCAUCUUCCUGCUGGGCCUGGCCGACAACGAGGCCGCCAUUGCGCAGGCAGCGAACGAGGAAACGAAGGAGCGUCUUUAUGAGACCCUGCUAGCAGAGUGCAGGGAUACCAUCCAGGCCGUGAGGGAGGAGAUCAAAGCCGACGCAAAGCUGCGAGAGCGGGCUGCGGAUGGCGAGGUGGGGAAGGUCUCCAACCUGCAGUAUCUGCACAGUUACCUGACCUACAUCAAGCUGCUGACGGUCGUCAAGCGGAACGAGAGCAUGGCCCGGGUGCUGCAGGUCAAACUCAAGGAGGUCCAGCCGGAUGAGAGCAAGAGGAGCCCGAGGCCCCAGGACCUCAUCCGCCUCUAUGACAUCAUCCUGCAGAGUCUCAUGGAGCUGUCCACCCUUCAGGGACUGGAAGAGGACCGCACCUUCCAGAAAGAGGUCUCUCUCAAGAUGCUGGUCUACAAAGCCUACAGGUGCUUCUUCAUUGCCCAGUCCUACGUGCUGGUUAAGAAGUGGAGCGAAGCCCUGGUUCUGUAUGAGCGUGUUCUGAAGUACGCCUGCGAGGUUCAGUCAAAGGCCAAAAACCUCAACAACAGUCUGAAGGACCUCCCUGAUGUUCAGGAGCUGAUCACAGAGGUCAACGCCGAGAAAUACUCACUGCAGGCGGCCGCCAUUUUGGACACGGAAGAUGUUGUGGAAACACCUCAGCAGCAGGUCAAAGAUAACAAGCCCUUCUGUGAACGCCUGGAGACCUUUCACCUGGACCCCUCCCUGCUCGGCAAGCAGCCCAACCUGGUGCAGUUCCCGCCUGACUUCCAGCCCAUCCCCUGCAAGCCGCUCUUCUUCGACCUGGCCCUCAACCACGUGGCCUUUCCUCCGCUGGACGACAAGGUGGAGCAGAAGGGCAAGGGAGGCCUCACUGGCUACAUCAAGGGGAUCUUCGGCUUCGGCAGCUAAAUUCCGGUGUGGGGGGGGGGAGGCGUGGAGAUCCGCUGGGAGGUCCUGGCUUGUGGCAUGACGGCCGAGGCCACCAGCUCCACCUGCUGGGUGGAUUCCAGGAUCUAAGCCCCGCAUACACCUGGAGACGUGAAAGAGGGUGUGUCAGAUGUUCAUCAGCGCAGUCUGUCACAUGGGGGUGGGGGGGGGGGAGUAUCUAGUAUUUUUCUUUAUUGUAUUAUAAUUUCAAAUUUUAAAAAGCGCCUUUCUGUACCCAAUGCUAACAGUAUGNGGGGGGGGGGGGCACAGCAGCAAUCUCCCAUCAGCAACUGUCUUACUGUUUCACAAGUCAUUCCAGAAAAAGAAGAUGGACUUUUGGCGAUUCUGCCUGAAGGGCAACGCCGGUGUAAAAUGUGGCGUAACUGGCUGAGCUGUUUCAGUCGGGCUCGUGGUCGCCGGCGGCGGGAGGCUGAGCUGCAUUAGGACCAGACUGGCCAAUGCUGACUUCUGUAUCUUGCUGGAAUCAUGUGUUAUGUAUUUGUCAUAUUCCUAGAUCUAGGCAAUGUGUACAAUGUCUAAUGUCCAGUGGGUACAUACAGAGCACGUCAGAGUCCUGAUAGAAUCAGUCAUCACAUGCUCCUUCACGCCACCGUAGGCUACGUCCCCUCAAAGCCACUGUCACUUCCUGUCCUGUUGUAAUACCUCUUGUGCAAAGAGCUUGACCGUAAGCCAGUGACACGGAGCAUGACACCCACCCAAUGCGGCCGUGGAUGCAAGUCUGACUAAAGGGAAUUCAGCCUCACCUAGAGUUCCCUGUGUUAAGGGCUCCUAUUGGCUCACAGGAGAGUGGCCUGCUCCGCCCCUCACACCUCUAUCAUCUGUGCAUCUGAUCUCUAGAUGUCUACUGUAUAUCUGUAUGUUACAUGGGGGAGGGCAGCAUGUGUGUGUAGACUAUGGGUUUGGAAGCCAUAUGUCACGUCGUGUGUCUGUGCUUAAAUAUGGAGAGUUAUGCUACCCUCCCAGGAAAUCCCUUCGAUAAACGGUCUACGCAGCGGAUGAGACCUGGGGAAGCCUUCAGUUUUCCAUCUCUUCUACAGAUGGCCAGAUCUACAAAGUGAUACUCCUCAUGAUUUGAGUCUGAUUUCGGCUGGAUAGAGCCUCCUGAUGCUUUCAUUGUUCCCCGUGUGUCGUGAUGAAUGAAACUGAGUUUUUUGUUUGAUGGUGUCCGGCUGUUUUGGUACGUUGGCGGCCUGGAUGUUUUCUGCUGUCAUUGAGGAUGAAACGGGGACACAAGUUGUGAUUUUUUUUCCCCCCCCCCCAUUUAGGGCUCUUAAUUAAAACACAACUACAUGAAU